AUGCCGACGCUAGCUCAGAUGGCGCUGAGCUGGCGCAAGAUCAAGCACGAUCUCAAUGCCGAGCUCACAGAGGGCACUAUCACUGGCUCCAUCAUCUCCAUCUUGACCGGUGUGCUGAUGGUGUACCUCAUCGUAGCCCAGAUCUUUGCGUGGAGAGCGCUCAACAGCGAGACGUCUGUCGUGCUCGACCAUUACAGCCACAUGAAGACAGGAGCAGACAGCCUGCUGCAGAUCAACUUCAACUUCACCUUCAACCAUCUGUCGUGCGAGUACGCAAGUGUGGAUGCUGCAAACUUCAUGGGGACCCACGACGCAGGCAUCUCUUCGAAGGUGACCAAGGUGCACCUGGACAAGAACGGGAGGCAGCUCGGGGUGCACAAGGAGAGGAAGAACCUGAAGCACACGAUUGACGAGGCGCCGCACGAAGGCGAAUCGAAGCUGAUCACUCUGACAGCAGGAGACUUCGACAAGCACCGCUUCGAGCACGAGAUCUUGGUCGUCAACUUCUACACCCCCUGGUGCCACUGGUGCCAAAAGCUCGAGCCGGUGUGGGAGAAGUCAGCGAAGAAGUUUGGGGAGGCCCACCCGGACGACGCGCGACUGGUGCUGGCCAAGGUGGACUGCACCUCGGACAAAGCCGAGUCGUUGUGCACCAAGUACCACAUCGAUGCCUUCCCCUCCAUCAUGGUCUUCCGCAAGGACGAUCCUCUCGAUAAGGACCACGAGAAGUACCAUGGGGAGCGCUCUGUCGACGCCAUCGUGUCAUGGGCAGAGCACCUGAUGAAGCAAGUGAACCUCCAGGCCCCGAAAUCCCGGGUGGUGGACAAGGAACAGGAUGGCGAGAAGGAAAGUCACAACGGAGUGGGUUGCAUGGUCGCUGGGAUGCUGCAUGUGCAACGAGCUCCUGGAUCGAUCAUCUUGCAGGCAGUUUCAGAUGGGCAUGAGUUCAACUGGGCUACUAUGGAUGUCUCUCACACUGUCAACCAUCUUUCCUUUGGCCCCUUCCUGUCAGAGACAGCAUGGGUUGUGAUGCCUCCAGACAUCGCGCAGGCUGUAGGCUCUCUCGACGACAAGAAGUUCCUCAGCGAGGAGAGGACUCCGACAGUCUGGGAGCAUUACGUGAAGGUUGUCAAGAACGUGGUCGAGCUCCCUCGCAGCUGGGGCAUCCCACCAGUGGAGGCCCACGGCUAUGUGGUCCACACGAACAAGGUGCAGAGAUACGCCGAAGUUCCCACCGCUCGGAUCAACUACGACAUCCUCCCCAUCAUCGUGCAUGUCAAGACGUCGAGGGAGUCCAACUAUCACUUCCUGACCAAACUCUGCGCCAUUGUCGGGGGAGUCUUCACCGUUUCGGGGAUCUUCGCGUCCAUGGUGGAAGGUGGGAUCGCUAGCUUGACGCACAAGGAAACGAUCGGGAAGCUUGGAUGA